AUGGCUACCGCAUACCAUCUGCCGACCUUUUUGCUUGGCGUGGUGGUGCUGGCUUACCUGUCUACGUUCGUGCUCUUUGCCGUCCUACGAAUUCUUACCGGGAUAUCUAUUCAACGCAUUGGAUAUUUUUCCUUCAAACGUAUGAGUUAUGAGCCUAAGAACGGCAUCAAGCUGGAGGUCCGGAAGUUAGGUCUUUUGUUGCACAGACCUACGUUUGCUCAACCAACGUGGAUUAGCAUUGCUAUCUCGGACUCGCAAUUCUCUGUCGAUCUUAGGAAGACACAGGAGGAGGAAAAGGGGCGGGGGAUGAGGCGGAAUACCAGAGCUUGGGAGGGGAUCAGCAAGUUAAGGGAGUCGUUGAAGAAGGUACACAAAUUGGUAAAGUGGCUACAGAUGGUGGAUAUUGUCUUUACCAAUACCAACCUGUCCAUCGCAGAUGUCGGGAGUGUGCAGGUGGGGAGUAUGACGAUGAUACUGGAUACUCGGCGGAAGACCGCCGAGAGGAACCGCAUGUUCGAUCAUACCACUGACUUGAAGGAGGAUCAAAAUCCAAUCGAAUGGAUGUUUACUGCUAGGAGUGUUCUGUUCUUCCCCGAGAAAAAGAGGGAGCCUAUUGAGAUUCUGGACCACUGCAACUUCAAUACCUAUGGUUUGCUAGAAAAUGGGUUGGACGUGUUCCGAGAUGCGGCUAUGGCGCUUAAGGUUGGGAAAAUUACCAUACCACUCGACGAGAUCUUGGAGCUUCGGUUGGGAGCGAUUAUGGAGGAAAUGUCUUUACCGGGUAGCGCGACUGAACGAAUGGCAGAGACGGUUAUGGAGUCAAAGGAAUUCUUGGAGUCGUUGUUACGCGGUUUAAAGGAGGUUCAGUUUGCGAUCGGAUAUCUUCUGAUAACUAAGUCUGUAAGGUCGAUACAGCCAUCAGGGAAGCCAUUGAAGGUCCUAGUUGGUAUGAAGGAACUGGCAAUGGAUGUCCAUCGUUUGGAUCAGAAAUCACCAGCACACAGAAUGUACUUUUCUCCACAAGAUAUCGCUCACCAGGCUCUGUUGGCUGCGAUAUCCAUCUCGGUGAGCGUUGACGAUGGCGUCCGCAAGGAUAAAUUCUUUUAUAUUCCUAUGGUGACGAUGACCUCCAAGACCACUUUGCCAUCGAAGACGAUCCAGCUGGUUGAGAAGUCGGAGUCAAACCGGAACACAAAUAUUCUUUUUGCCAACGUAGUUGUCACUUCUCCUUCGAUUGAUCUUGAACCAAGGCAUCUCCCGAUCUUGUUGGCCCUUGUUCAGUCAAAACCUGAGAAACCUCCGUCUGGAUCUCGGGAGAGAACUCACCUUAUAUCGAAGCUGCUUCCGAAAGCAAGUAUUAAUUUCUCCGUUCACGAACCGGUUAUUCGAAUUCUGCUGCCCUCUAAUGAUCCGGAGCGCCGAGCAGCUGGUGACAUGGAUAUGCUUAUCUCUAGCCUUUCGUCAAUAUCUGCGGUUGCGGACUCUUCGCAUGAAUCAGAAGGCCAAAAUGACUACUCGCUGUCUUGUUCUUUUAGAAUUACGUCCCAUCACCUCUACUAUCAAGCGCAUUCGGGCGAAAAGCAUGACCUGCUCCAAACUGAUGCUUUUGACAUCAAAUUCCAGGUUAACGCCUCCCCGGAAGUAGAGGUAACUGCUCACGCAUAUCUUGAGACCUUCUCCCUUCGCCUUGUUCGACCAGAGAUUGUUCAAGGGAUCAAACAGACGGUUGGUCAGUUCCACCGAAAUGUGAAGUCGGAUAAAUUGAGCAAACCUGAGACGAGUGACGAUCCGAAUUUACUUCGCCGGAUACCAUUAUGGAUCGACCAAUUCAAGAUGGAAGGAAUUGACUUUAGUGUGGAAGUUGCCGGAGUCGAUGAGGAGAUAUCCGAGUUCACUAGAGGGGUAGCGCUACAACUGGAUUCCUGGACAAUAGAAUAUAGGGCUCGCAAGAGUGAAUCACGAACUAAGCCGCCACCUAGACGACGGGCUGCUUCGAGGACUCUUUCUAUCGACGAUACCAGAGGUUCAAAACUGCCACCUGCUGGGCCGAAGAAUCCGACAGAUUGCAGGAAGCUCAGUCUCCAUAUAAGAGGCCUGGAAGGCUACAUGGUUGACUCGCCAGACUCUUGGGAGCAGGAACCGUUUUUGAAUAUACCGCACUUUGAUAUUGCAUUUGCUACUUCUGGCGAUUUAGAAGGUCCUGUGUUGCAUAUCAGUUCCCACUCUAAAUUGCUCUCUCUCAACUACUCACUCUACCGACACUAUACAAUCAUUGUUGCUGCUAAGGUACUCAUUGAGGCAUUCGGGGGAACGUCAACCGGGGGUGAGGCGGGAUAUUCUCAGAUAAAGCCUGUGGAUACGCUCCGUCCUGGGGCGGUGGGUGACAUGGAUCUUGUGGAAAGCCCAAUUUCCGAUUUCCGCGAAUACGUAAGUGUGGACUUCAAGGUCCAGCACGUGCGUAUCAAGUCAAGCAUGCCGGAUGACCCACCUAUGAUGUUGGAGGUGUUUGGGAUGGAUACCGGACGGCAGAGAUGGGGAUUCCCAUUCCUCAAAGCGAAAAGCGUCCGGCUUUACGCCGAAUCACCGAAGGUGAUGAAUUGCUGGGCUCGAAUGAUCAGUAUCAGGCAAUUCCGCGCCGAUCUGAAGGAAGGAGGACAUGGGUACGGUGACCAGCUUCAAGAAGAGAAGUCUAUUGAUCUGUUCGCCGAUGCUGUUCGAUUAGCCAUCCCCCACCAAUUGGUUUUAUACAAGGUGACCGACAACGUGAUCAAUACCGCAAAGGCUUGUCAGCAGAUGCACCAUCGAUUCAAGACUGGAACUAAUGAAUAUAUUCUGGAAAAGAAGGCGGAAUCGGCAAAGAAGCUGCCGAGAUUAUCUCUAAAUACUAAAGCUUUGCUUCUUGAACUCGAGGAUGAUCCAUUUGAGACUCAAUUAGGUUUAAUUUAUCGCCUGGGCCUUUCUGAGCAGAAGAAACGACUCGCCCGUGAAGCUGCAUUUGAUGCAAAGGUCAAAAAAAUGGGGGAGAAUGAAAGAAGGAAGUCAUCGGAGACCACGCGGACUGGAUUGAAGCCCGAGAAUCCGCUACAAACAUCUACAUCAAGGUUUAGGGGGAGGACUAAGACAUGGGGUGGUAGUUCACAUCAUGUUCAUGCUGAAUCACCAGAGACGAGGUCCAAGUCAGCUCACCGCGGGCCAAAAAACAUGCGAUAUGACCCAGAAAGCGCUGCUGGACCUUCUGAUGAUGCAUCAGUGUCCGUAGAGGAAGCCUGGGAGCGUCUUCAGGAGCAUAACUCGGCUGCAUGGAUUAAGCGUAUGAGGUGGGCGCACGGAUAUCACAGCACCCGAAUGAAGGAGUCCAGAGAGCAAUUCUGGGGCCACGAUGACGUCCCAUAUGAUGGCGAGGACACAGAAAAUAUCCUCGGUUUGCCGAUGCGCCCUGCGCUUAUGGCAGCCUACUUUAACGAUGUCGAGGUUGUCGUUGAUAAGCCCUCAUUUCCUCUUGAACAGCUUCCAAAAUUCAUGCACCGAGUCGGCAAAGGUCUUCCAGAAAAGACGGAGUUCGCACUUCUUGUACCGGUAAGCGUUAAGGUUGACUUUAGCGAGGGCCGCAUUCUUCUGCGAGAUUACCCUUUACCCCUGAUCCAUGUACCUCGAAUGAGGCCGUCUCAAGCCAACAGAUCGCCUGCCUGGUCAUUGAAAGCCGACUUUGUUUUGGCUGAAGAACUCAGAGGCCCGGAGUCCAUGAGACAUGUGAGGGUGAACAUCGUUCCGCCCACCAGCGGCCCAGGCCCUUCGAAGGGUGGCUUUGCUGUUGAUGUACGGCGAACAGUUUCUCCAGUGAAGUCUUAUUCUGAAAUUGCGGUAGCUAUUAGUACUUCCUUUGCGACAAGGAUCACUUGGUGCACAUCCUAUCAACCAGCAAUUCAGGAUAUGAUGAUGGUGUUCGAGACCUUCACUAAACCCCACUUCGACCCCUCGGACAGAACUGGGUUUUGGGAUAAAAUACGUCUUGUCUUACAUUCACAGAUAAGUGUGAAAUGGAAGGGAGAUGGCGACGUUCAUUUAACGCUCAAAGGUUCCCGGGAUCCUUACCAGAUCACUGGCAUUGGCGCAGGAUUUGUCCUGUGUUGGAGAGGGGAUGUGAAUUGGGAAAUUGGCAGGGAUGAAGAUCCCCGGAAGUUUAUGGUAGUCGACAGCGAGGAAUUUCUUUUGGCAAUUCCAGACUUUGCCCGUAAUGCCAAAGAUGAGUUUGACAGCGCUACCCCAGCUGAAAACAAGAGCGUUCUAAGCUUCAGCAGUUGUGAAAGUGCAGCUCUUUUCAAAAAAGUUAUCAUGAAACUUUCGGGGCGAGUGAGGUGGUUAGUCGGGCUUAUGUUUGAAAAAGAGAUCUCUGAAGGUCAGCUGGGUGUCUGCGAAGGAAAAACGCGAUCUUUUGAAUUUAAAUCCCAUUACGAAGUUACCCUCAAAAACCCCACCUAUGCGAAGGCUCCUCCGGGACAGGUUUAUGACGCAUUUCGGGGGUUCAGAAGUCAUCACCUGCACCUUUCCUUGGCUAUCCUGUCUCCAAUCGACAGGGACUGGUCCCCGGCGAAUACAAAGCCAUCUACAAGCUACAACACGAUUCACCUUACUCCUAGGUUCUUCACACACUUCUUCUCAUGGUGGGGCCUAUUCUCUGGCGUCAUGUCACUGCCCAUUCGCCAAGGUCCUUUAUGGCCCGGCCCCGAGAAAUCUAAUAAGAAGUUUGGCCGGCAUCUUGCGACUAUCAAAUAUAAGCUUUGCAUAUCACCACUCUUCAUAAGUCAUAUGUACAAGCACAACGACAAGGGCGAGGCCGGGAAAGAUGUGGUCGUUGCGACUGGUCUCAAGGCUAAACUAGAUAGUCUCAUGGUUGACAUUCACCAGAGGCGUGAAGAGACACUUCCCAAUCAACAGAGCACUGCGAUGAGGAUCAAUCAAGCCGAGUUGGACUUCCACUCAGCGGAUAUCAGGGCUGUUUCCGCACUCAUUGCAGGCGCGACACCCGAUGAACUAAUGAAGCAAGCAGCAGAAGGCCCACCACUAGGUUUAACAGAGACCAUCAGAUAUUCAGGUGAUAUGUCGCAGUUCACCAUUCCGGACGGCGAUUAUUCUUGGAUUGAUAUGGAUGACUUCAUUGAACUAGACUGGGUACUGCCGAAUAACAAAACACCCAAGACCAAGAUCAUGCCUCUUGCCUUCACUCCGAGGUUCACGUACUUCCGACAGACGGACCACACUGACCUGAAAGGUUGCGUGCUGAAUCCGUGCAGCCCUUUUGGAGAUGAGCCAACUCAUGACUGUCUUAUGUCCGAGAAUAAUGACCCCCGAGAAAUACAAUGCGGGCUUGUUCAAGCUCGACUCGAGAAGGUCAAUGAACAGAUGAAUAGGAACAAGGAGGCUUUAGAUAAUCUGGCUCAGUACACUAAAUUUAAUCCUGAAGAUCUAGAGCUAAAAGCGCAGUCCUCCGAACUCAUCGAACAAAGCUCGAUCCUUUUCAACAAGCUUGAUUUCCUCCAGACAAUGCUGCGGAGGAUGUCCAGUAAACUCGACGGUGGCGAUAAGCCUGGUGUGAGCAAAAAUCCGAGCCAUGAACGCCACGGAUCGGAUGCCGAUUCAGAACUCAUUGGGGUGGAUUCUUCACCUUUUGAUUAUGUGAGCGACUUUGAUAAUCGAUUUAUAGUACAUAACAUGCAGGCCAAGUGGAACAACUCACUUCGAAACAUCAUCUUGAAGUACAUUCAUCAGGUUGGCCAACGGCGCGGUUUCGUGUAUUAUAUGUCUCGUCGAGCUGUAAAGUUCAUCCUCGAUAUAGUACAGGAACAGAAGCAGUCUGGUCGGGACAAUACAUCAGCCACCGGCGAAUACGCAACUUCUAACCCUACUUCUACCCUCAAUAGUGACACAGAUAGCAUGACCCUCGAGAGCCGGAUCCAGCAACUUCUUGAUGACGAUAACAAAUAUGUUGUUGCCGAUGAAAAGCCAAACGAUCCAGAGGAGAAUGGCGCACCGGCGAGGACAUAUGCUAGAGACGACCUCACAGGGGAUGUUGCUGAUGAUUAUCUACCGUUGAACAGCUAUCAUAUCCGGCUUAUUGCCCCUCAGAUUCAGAUGCAAAGUGAGAAGAACAAAGGCGCCGCAGUUCUUGUUGUCGCGCAAGGUAUGCAGCUGAAAGUUGUAUCAAUUAUGGAUCGUGAUAGAGUUGGCGAUGAGGUUAGCGGUUUGGUACAGCGCCGUUUCGCUCUCAAUCUGGAAAAUACACAAUUCUUUGUGUCCCAUCGCCAAGACUUUGCACCCCAAUCCAUGUCGUUGCACUCUGCCAAUAGGUAUGGUGCCCCGGGUGGCUCCUCAUGGCCCCCAUGGGUCCCGCUUGAGAGCAUGUUCGACUUCCAGAAUUUCCCUGUCGGGUUUUCCCGUGUGGUUGAGAGAACUUCGGCUACCCUGAGAUAUGACAAGUACAAUUCGCUUCGUUUAAAAUAUAGUGAUCAAGUUAGUGGUGAGGAGAAAACCUUCUCCGCUAAAGGUGGACCACUAGAUGUUGAGCGCCGCAUAGACCAUGUGUGGGUCGACUUCCCGAGGGUUGAGGCAUCGUGCGAUUCCUCGCAGUAUUUUGCGAUGUAUAUCAUUGUUCUGGACUUGUUGCUAUAUGCGGAACCACUUGAAAAACUACGGAAUGAGAAAUUGGAGAAGAUUAUGCUCGCUUCCGAUUUCAGCGAUUUAACGGGAGCGCCGGAAAUGGUCGAGCGUCUGCAAAGUCGCAUCCAUCAGCUAGAGGAAAUUAAGACUUAUUUCCAGAUUAACUCACAAAAUCUCGAUAUCGAGGGCUGGCGAGGCCGUGUUGCAGUCGAUGAGGACUUGGCGAGCUGCGAGGAAGAACUUUUCUUCAUGAUGAAGGCAAUUACUACAGCCCAACGAAAGCAUGAGGAUAGGACAUCGCAGGCAAGUGGUAUCUUAAGGUGGUACCUGACUGCUUCGGAAAUAGUGUGGCACAUGCUGCGUGAUAAGGCAGAUCCACUCAUGGACAUACGAUUGAAGAAUGCUGGGUACAAGCGCAUGGAUAAUGCAGACGGGUCAAACUUUAAUACUGUGGAGGUUGAGAUGAUGGAAGGGUUUAACCUGUUGCCUGAUGCGGUCUACCCAGAGAUGAUCGCGCCCUUCUUUGACCAGUCGCGGACAGUUGUCGACGUUCGGCAGACGAAAAUUCUCCGGGUCUAUUGGCAUAUGCUCGAAGCUAUAGCCGGGAUACCGGUUAUGGACCAUUUCGAAGUCAACCUCUUCCCCCUAAAGAUUCAACUUGAGCGUGAGAUCGGAGACAGAAUUUUUGAAUACAUCUUCCCGGGGGUUGGCACACAGGCAUUCGAGAAUGGGGGGUUUUCGCCGUUUUUGGUACAUUCGAUAAAACCGAUCCCAGACGGAUCAGAUACAGAUGAAUCCGACGAGGAUCAUGACAGCCACCAUAUGGAUGAUAGUUCCUCAACUAAAAGCGAUGUGUCACCGGUAGAAAUUAAGCUCAGACCUACCCUAUCUCUCACUGCCGAUCAUAGGCCCGGCUCCUCAUCCUCGGCUUCGAAACCGAGAUCAAAUAGCUUCAAAGCUUCAAAUGCUGGGUUCAGAGGAACAUUCAUGCCUUCCCUCACUCCAACUCACAAGUCAUCGGCCGAGUCCCUAUCGGUGAAAUCGAGGAAAUCCACAGAAGGCCCCGCACCAAGUAUCAUGGGUCUCGAAAAAAACAAAAAGCUACAGAUUUUCAAUAGGUCCAGUAACCACAGCGGUAGAAAUGAGAAGAGGUCGGACGAGCUCUCGCAGAUGAUGUCUAGAGCUUCUAACUUUAUGACUUUGGCAUAUAUCAAGAUUCCAAGUGUGGUGCUUUGCUUGAGUUACAAGGGGCGCGGCGACAACAAUUUCGAGGAUGUUCACGAGUUCGUGUUUCGCAUGCCAAUGCUGGAGUAUCGCAAUAAGACAUGGUCGAACCUAGAUCUGGCGAUAAGGUUGAAGAAGGAUAUCAUCCGUGCUCUUAUAUCCCACACCGGAGCGAUCUUGCAGAACAAACUCACACAUCACCGCCCUAACAAGACCCAGCCCAACCUUCUCAGGAUGAUGGCCAAUAACGGUUCCCUUGCUACCAACCCAAGUUUUGUUACCACCGACAGCGACCAUCCCGGGUUCGAUACUCCGUCAGAAUAUGCUUCUUCGACUCACGCCUCAAUGCCAAUUUCCAGACCAAGCACUGGGCUUCACCUGAAACCGCCCUCUGUAAUGCGGCCCAUGACGUCGCCGUCUUCGGCAUCAUCCAGUACCAGCAUGAGCUUCCCACCCUCGCCAUUAGACCGGGCCGAGGAGGAGGCCGGCGAGAGAGGUCAUGGGAUUUUUCACAAUACAUUAGGCCGUCAUCUCUCUAACCUAGGCGUAGUUGCAAGGGCACAAAAUGGGAUUGCGGAUGAAUCUGAGGAGAGUAUAAAAAAAAAGAGCAGGUUACUGCUAGGGAAAAAGGUUUUUGGUUCGCUGUAAAUUUUUAAGGCACCGGAUUACAUUUUCUCUCCUUUGUCUAGCCACGGCGUUUGUUCUUUUCCAAUGGGGGCGCACAUCACAUCACAAAACUUAUAAAGGGCUAUCAUCGUUUAAUUGUCUUUUUCUUCUCCUUUUCUUCAAAUAGAUACUUGGCCUAAGCGGCGUUUGUUAGUUUUCUUUAAAUUUUCAGGUGUAAAUGCUCUUUGCCGAAAUUCCAUUUGUUCAUGGUAGGUAGCGUUUGGGUAAUGUUGAGAGUGGGUAUAAGUCAUAUUAUAUGGUUGUUCC